GGGGUGGGGGGCACCAUGACCAAGGACACACCGAGCCCCGCAGGGGGCGGGGGCCGCUACUCGCCCAAGAAAUCCCAGGCCAGCCCGAGCCCGGCGGUGCUCCUGGAGGAGCAGCGGCGGGAGCUGGAGGCCGUGCGCGCCGAGCUGGAGGCCGAGCGGGCCCGCUCGCAGGCGGAGCGGCGGCGCUUCGCGGUGGAGGCCCGGGAGCUGCGGGAGGCCGGCGAGCGGGAGCGCCAGCAGCUGGCCGACCAGCUGCGCUCCCGCUGGGAGAUGCAGCGAGUGCGGGAGCUGCGGCAGCUGCAGGAGGCCGUGCUGCGGGAGCGCGACGCCGAGAUCCGCCAGCUGCUGCGCUGGAAGGAGGCCGAGCUGCGCCAGCUGCAGCAGCUGCUGCACAAGGAGCGGGACUGCGCGGUGCGCCAGGCGCGGGAGCUGCAGCGCCAGCUGGCCGAGGAGCUGCUGAGCCGCGGCUACUGCGGCCGCCCGGGCUCGGCGGCCGGGGGCUCGGCCGCGGGCGGCCCGGUGGGCGCCGCCGAGUGCCGCUGCAAGCUGCAGGACGUGCUGGCCAAGCUGCGCUGGGAGACUGACGGCGAGCAGGCCGCCCGCAUCCGCCACCUGCAGGCCGCGCUCGACGUGGAGCGCAGCCUCUUCCUCAAGUACAUCUUGGAGAACUUCCACUGGGACCCGGCCUCGGUGCUCUCGGCCCGGCCCCCGCGGCCCCAUCUCGCCCGGCCCGAGCCCGCCGCCACCGCCGCCGCCGCCGCCGCCGCCAUCGUCGCGGUCCACUUCCAGGCCGCGGGCGCCGGGGAGCUGCCGACCCCGGGCGUGGCGGAGCUGCCCACCACGGGCGCCGGGGAGAUGCCGGCCCCGAGAGCCUCGGCGGCCGCCACCAUCGCCGCCAUCACCACCACCAUGCCCACCGCCCCCGCCCCCACUCUCAACCCGCCGGGGCCGGCUCCUCCCGCCUCCCCGGCCGCGAGCCCCGUUUACCGCCCGCGGCCCGUGACCUCCGCCAGCCGGCCGCGCUCCCUGGACAGCCUGUGCACGCCGCGCCCGCGCUCCUACUCGCUCUCCUCGGACGACACCGCCACCGCCGCCCGCUCCUCCCGCUCUCUGGACAGCAGCCCGAGCCGAGCCGAGUCGCCCGACGCCGGAAGCCCGCUGGACCGCAGCCCCCACUACCCCGCGGGCCUGCCCCGCCUGCAGCUGGCCCCGGACAGCCUGGGCACCGGGGAGAAAGUGCCCUGUGAGGCGCCGCCGCCCAGCCCCGACGACCUCCCGACGCUGGCCUGGGCGAGCCGUCCGCACGCCGAGGUGCUGAGCCUGCAGCCGCCGCCCGGGAGCGAGGGCGAAGCGGGCGAAGUCCCGCUGGCGCUGGCUCGGAACCAGUCCCCCGGCGCGGCGCCCGCGCGCGAAGCCGGCCCGCCGCUGGAAUACGAGGACCUGGUGAAGCAGAACUCGGAGCUGGCCGAGGCGCUGGAGACGCUGGCCAAGCACUGCUCCGGCCUCCGGGAGGAGAACAGCCAGCUGCGCCGCGGCUUCCCCGAGUCCAGCGAGAAGGUGCGGCGCCUCAAGGUGAAGAACGCCGAGCUGGCCGUCAUCGCCAAGCGCCUGGAGGAGCGCGCCCGCAAGCUGCAGGAGACCAACCUCCGCGCCGCGGGCGGCCCGGGCCCCGGGGAGACCGGCGCCAACCUGGAGCUGUGCCGCCAGGCCUUCGCGCGCCAGCGGGCCAGGGACCUGACGGAGCAGACCAGCGCGCUGCUGGCCAAGGACCGGCAGAUCGAGGACCUGAGGCAGGAGUGCCGCGACCUGCAGGCCCGCGUGGCCUCCUGCCAGGGCCAGUGGCUCAACGUCACCGACUUCGACCAGCUCCUCCGCGAGUCCCAGAAGGAGGUGCUGCGGCUGCAGAGGCAGGUCACCCUGCAGACCUUCAAGGGCCCGGCCGCCCAGAGAGUCGCCUCCCCGCCCCCGGGCGCCCCGCUCCAGGAGUCCGGGCCGGACGAAGCGGCCGAGGCCCAGGAGCUGAAGCUCCAGCUGCAGGCGCUGGAGCAGAGCCUCAGCGAGAGGCAGAAGUGCUGCGAGAGCCUCGAGCUGGACGUGGACAAGGCCCAGCAGAGAGUCCAGGAGGCCGAGGGCCGCCUGCACCAGGUGCUGAGCGAGAACAGCUGGCUGGCCCAGGAGAACAGCAGGCUCCAGGACAAGGCGCAGUGGCUGGAGAAGGUGGGCUCGGAGAACAGCGAGAUGCGGGGCAAGCUGGAGCGGGUGACGGAGGAGCGGGACUCGGCCGCCCUGCUGAGCAGCCAGCUGCAGCAGCAGGCCAGCCAGAGCGAGGCCGGCCGCCAACAGCUGCAGAAGGAGCUGCGCGAGGCCCUGAGCGCGCUGGCGGCCCAGCGCGGAGAGGUGCAGAGGCUGCAGCAGGACCGCGAGCAGAUGCAGAGGGAGCAUAAGGAGGCCGUGCAGACGCUGGAGGCCCACAUCCGAGAGCUCGAGCUGCCCCGCUCCCACCACGCCCACGACUCCAAGCCGGCGCAGCUGUUCAGGGGGAAGUGGGCCAAGAAAGCCACCUGCCUCCCGGAGGGCCCCGGCCUCCCUGACGCUAGGACGCCGGCCAAGAAAGCCAGCACCCAGGCCAGCGCCUCCGAGGCUGCCUCGCCGCAGCCCGGCCUUCAGGCUCCCGGGGCGGAAGACUUAGAAGCGGACGGCCGCCCCCGCCCCCCCGAGCCGGCGGGCCCCAGGGGCCCCCACGGCCAGGACGCUCAGGGCCCUUCGAAACUCAAGAUUUUCCUAGCCCGCUACAACUACGACCCGUUCGCUGGGCCCAACGAUCAGCCCGAGGCUGAGCUGCCCCUGACCGCGGGCGACUACAUCUACAUCUUCGGGGACAUGGACGAGGACGGCUUCUACGCCGGGGAGCUGAUGGAUGGCCAGAGGGGCCUGGUCCCCUCCAACCUGGUGGAGCAGAUUUCCGACGGUGAGAUCCUGAGUUUCCAGCCUCCGGAGGGUAGUGAUUCCUGCCCGGACUCCUCCCAGGAAGGGAAAUCGCCCAGUGAAAGUUCCAGUCCUGAGGGAAAAGCCAGCGAUUCCGCGGAGGAAGCCCCGGGCUGCCGCGCGCCGUCCAGGAGAGCCGACGGCGCGGAGGAGGCCUUGGACUUUUCUGGGACGCCCUGCUCCCCCAAACUGACUCUGAUCCAGCAGCUGCCCCGGGGAGUGGUGGUGGACUGGGAGGCCCCCUUUGCUCCCCACCCGUUCGGGGCCACGCAGGGCUACAACGUCUACGUGGACAACGAACUGAGGCAGAACAUCCGGGCCGGGGCCCGGACCCGAGCCACCAUCGACAACCUGGACCUGAAGACCAGGGCCUACCGCAUCUCGGUGCAGAGCGUGCUGGAGCGGGGCUGCUCCAACAGGCUGCAGUGCUCCUUCCUGGUGGGCCGGGGCUUCUGCUCCGCCCCGACGCAGCUGAGGCUCCGCAGUCUCACCGCCACGUCGGCCGAGAUCAGCUGGCUCUACAGCAACAGCAGCUACCCGCACAUGGUCUACCUCAACCAGCAGGAGCACAACCUCACCAAGGCGGGCGUCUGUCGCUACACCUUCCAGAACCUGCAGCCCAGCACCAGCUACUGCGCGCACGUGGAGGCGCGGCCCCUCGGGGACGCGGCCAAGAAGCCCUGGGAGGAGACGUCCUCCUCCAUCGCUUUCACCACCCCGUGGGCCGGCCCGCCCGACCCCCCGCUGGACGUCCUGGUGGAAGGCCACACCUCCCCGGGCGCUCUGCUGGUCAGCUGGAUCCCGGUGACCAUCGACUCGGCCGGGACCUCCAACGGAGUCCCCGUGGCGGGCUACGCCGUGUACGCGGGCGGCCAGAAAGUGGCCGAAGUGCCCUCCCCGACGGCGGGGAACGUGGUGGUGGAGCUGGCCCAGCUCCCGCAUCAAAAGCUUUCCCGAGAGAUCUCCGUGAGAACCAUGUCUCAUUACGGCGAGUCCCUGGACUCGGUGCCGGCGCACAUCCCCGGGGACUGGCUGAAGCAGUGCCGCCCCUCCAGGUCGGCCCAGAGCUUUCCCGUCAAUCACGCGUGCGCCGAGCCGGCCCACCCCCAGCUCCAGGCCCCGCCCAGAGCCCCCGCCUCCCCGGAGAAGGCCGUUCUGGCUGCCUUCGCCAUCAAGACCGGCGCCCUCCUUCCCGCCGGCUGCGGCUGCGGGAGAGCCAAAGCUGCCGCUUCCGACGGCUUCCCGGAAGACGGCUUCCAGAGGAGAGUCCCAAAGCUUUCAGAAGGAGGGCCGCCGGGCCCGGGAGACGCCCCCCCGGGGCCCGCGGAAGCCUAUGCCCUGAGCCUCCUGCCUUCCAGCCGGAAGGAGGCCCACGGGCCCAAGACCCCCAAGGACGGCAGGCUUGGCGGCCCCCGGCAUCCCUCCGACGGCCAGGUGAUUGGGAUGGAAGAGCAGAAUGCUAGAAAGGUCAUCUCAAGAUGGAACCUGAUUCAGGAAUUGCUCGAGACCACAGAGAUCUACAGGGAGAGCAGUCCCGGCGGGAAGACUCAGAGGAUCAGGCCCGAAGGUCAGCCGCGGGAAGCCCCUGCCGAUCGCUGCCACGUGGUGGACCUGGCCAGGCUGGAGGAAGAGAACCAGUACGGGAACAUGUGGGGGACCAGGAGACCCGGCCACAAGAAGGAGUUCAGGCUCCAGAAGGACCAGGGCAGGCGGGUCGGGCUGCAGAAAGAGGCCCCCGGCAGAGAGCCCGGCGCCUUGUUAUAUCAGGCCCCCUCGGGGAGGAUGAACAAGAUCCUGAAAGGCAGCCCCAUGGUGCCGGGCCCGGGGCAGUGGUUCGGGGCCCCGGGAGGCAGCCCUCUGAAAGGAAAGGCCUCCGGUGAUCCCCUGCGAGUGUUUGUGGCCCUCUGGGACUACGACCCCCAGCUCAUGUCCCCCAACCCAGAGGCUGCUGAGGAAGAGCUCGCCUUCCAUCGGGGCCAGCUCCUGAAGGUCUGGGGAGAUCUGGACCCAGACGGAUUCUACCACGGAGAGUGCUCCGGCCGAAUGGGCUACAUCCCCGGGGACAUGGUGUCCGAAGUGCAGGUGGAGGGCAGCGAUGUGCUCAAGCAGCUCCUGCGGCAAGGCCUCCUGCCCCCCGAGGUGUCCCUGGACAACCUCCUGGAGCUCUCUACGCAGCCACAUGGCCCCAAGAAGAGCUUCUCCGUGGCAAGAGGGGCCCCCCAGCGAGCCCAGUUCUGGCACCCACAGACCAUGGUGGCCGCCUUUGACUACCGGCCCCGGAAGGGCUCCAGCCUGAGCUUAACCGAGGAGCUGACCCUGAGCGCUGGCGACGUGGUCACCGUGCUGGGCUCCGUGGAUGACAACGGCUUCUUCUACGGGGAGCUCAAUGGGCAGAGAGGCCUGGUCCCGUCCAACCUGCUGAAGACCCCAGCGCUGAAUGCAGAGUAACAGGCCCCCGCAGACCUGGCUUCUGGUCCCCCCCCCCUUAGUCCAGGACGUGCUGGCCAGCUGCCCAGGCCUACAGCACAAUGACAGUCACGAUAUCUAUAAAAAAAAAAACAAACCCAAAAAACCAAAACCUUUUUUCCUCGAUAGAGACUAUAGGAUUGUAAUCAUUCAAAGCCCCUUACCUCUGAGAACAUGGUUUAAAACCUGGCUUCAGGUAAUUAAAAGCAACAAAGAACAACCAAAA